AUGGAAAGAAAGAGAGGACGAAAGGUAACCUUAAAAAGUGGUUAAAUACCCAUAACCUUUUUGUCUUUACAAUACGAGUGAUACAGAAAUCACUUUCUAGUUUAUUUAUCAUCUGUACCGUAUAAAUUUGGAGUGGGAUCCAAAUUUAAUGUGCCUUUAUAAGAUCAAUCCCUAAACUCACUAUUUUUCUAAAUUGUAGGAGAGUUUAGAAGAGUUAUCAGAGGAUGAAGACUAUGUACCAUAUGUUCCUCUGAAAGAGAGAAGAAGGCUAGAACUGGAAAAGCGAGAAAAGUACUUAAAAAGAAAAACAGAGCAACAACCAACCGUGGAAACUGUACGAAAUGGUUCUCGAACAAUUGGAGAGGAAGUUGUGAGUGAUGACAUUGAGAAUAAUAAAUAUUUACUUGCUUUUAAUUUUGGUGGAUAAGGCAGUCUGGCGAUCAGUGUUACUUACAGUGUAAUGACUCUCGCAAAGCGCCGAGAGCCGUAAGGCCAAGGGAGCGAGGUUAUAAUUUUGUUGUGCACACAGAGCGCAGAUCACAGUUCACACAUGGAUCAUAGUGAUCUGCAAUCUUUUGUGGCCCAUAUUUCUAUAUAUUUUUUGGCUGUCCACAAUGUACUGACAUCACCAAGCAAGAAACAUGGUCGGCAUUGUUUUGACUGUUUUUGCAGCCGUUUUGGCAAUCAGGAAAUGCUUUUGUCAAUUAAUUUCCACGGGAAAAGUAUUUUACAGAGGACAAUGAAGCAAUUUUGACCAGUUAGCUACAAAAGAAAAUGGGAGCGAAAAUCGAGAUAAAAGAAAAUUUCCCUGUGCUGGUGUCUCACUUCAUAGACGAUUUUACAGCCUUCGGCUAAAAGGAUAUGUUUGUUUUUCUGGAAGUGCAUCUCACUUCGGCUUUUUACCAUCAAACCUAGCUUUUCCCUGAAAUGUGUAACUUUGAAUUCAUGUUACACUGAGGCAAACCCACAAUGAAUUGGUUCUUUCCACGCCGAGCAAUGUGACUGAUCGACCAAAUCAAAGACUGGCCUGUUUCAGCUCUGCUCCAUAAAUCAAUUUGAUCGACCAUCAAGCCCGAGAGUGCAUUAACUCUGAAAUAAUGCAAAGUGCCUUUGAAAUACUCAUUUGAGGUGAUUUUCCUUGAAUGUAUCUUUGAAUUUAUGAUAAAAUUACAGGCAGGUACAAAAGUCGGACCGGAUCAACUCGGACCACCUGUCCGGGUCGGAUCAACUCGGAUCGACUCGGAUCGAAUAAAAAAAAAAUAAAAAUAAAAUAAAAGUGGACUCGGAUCAAUAAAAAAAAAUUAAUUUGAUUAGCAAAACUGAAAAUUUAACCCAUUUGGAGGGUAAAAAAGGCCAGAUAAUCCUUUUUUUUCCCCGUGGCUUUCAGCCGCCAUUUUGUUUUACUAAUGCCAGUUCCUCUCGGAUCAUGUUAUGAACUCAUGGUUGAGUUACACGACGCGCGUUCUGUUUCAAGGAUAGAGAUAUGGAUGACCUAGAGGAAGGUAAAAUCUCAACCACUUGCUUCAUUCCAAAGAAGCCGCCUAGAAUGUAUAUAUUUGCUUAUUUUUUAGUGUACUGAAUUAUUUACGAGAAAAGCAUCAAAGGCCUGGUCUGUUGAUCGCAUUUAGAUAGUUACCGAAGAGUCAGACUGAAGAGUGUUCUCAUUCCUGUUUGUUUUUUUCUGCAGGACUUCUGAAACUUGAUUUUAAUGAUGUUGAAUUUUAAUGCAGCACACAUACAUUUCCAGUGAACAUUUUCAACUUGGAAGGAGGAGAAACCAUGCUCGCCCGGGGCAAAGGAAAUUUUCAUGCCCCGGGUGAGGAUCGAACUCGUGACCCUCCGGUUCAGUUGUUAGAACAUCCAAUCUUUUAGUAUUCGCAGGGUCGCGAGUUCGAUUUUAGCCCGGUAGGGUACAAAAAUUUUUGUUGUCCCGGGCGAGCAUGGUUUCUCCUCCUUUCAAGUUGAAAAUGUUCAGUGGAAGUGUGUGUGUGUGAUGCUCACUACUGUAUCAUUAAAAUUAAUAAAAAUGAAAAUAAAAUUAUUUUAUGCAACCACAAGUUCGUGAGAAAAAAACAAAAUGGUGGGUGAAAGGUAAGUGACGCUGAUUGAUUUUAUUUUUCUUUUUAUGGUCCGAGUUGAUCCGAGUCCAAUUUUAUUUUAUUUUUAUUUUUUUAUUCGAUCCGAGUCGAUCUGAGUUGAUCCGACCCGGACUGGCGGUCCGAGUUGAUCCGGUCCGACUUUUGUACCUCCCUUAAAAUUACAGCUUGACAUGCUUCAAACUGUGUGUAUGGCAGGGAAAAAUGGUUUAAGACUAUUAGUUUUACCUGAUUGGUUAUUCAGUGGCAGCAUGGUCCAGCGGUCUGGCAGUUGGCUUCUUGCGCAGAAGGUAGUCAUGGUGUAAGUUUAGUUUUAGUUUUUUUGGUUCAUGUUUUUUCUGUUAUUCCUUUACUAUCACUGCUGACCUUUUACAGCUUUGCGUGAAUUUUGCAAUAACAUAUUUCUAGUAUUUUUGUCGAAAUUGGCAUUAUGCGUAGAAUGCGCAUGAUUGCUUAGCAAGACAGAAUCAUGAGUUGAGUAUAUUGUAUAUAUUAUGUUCUUGGUAGCCAUAGUUACCUAACAACAAACCAUAAACAAACUCUAAAAGACACCAUUCAGCGUGACCUCAUGGUUCAUUUUGGGUUUCCAGGCAACACAAGUGGUUAGAACCAGCUAGCCACCUGGGGCUAAUUUUCUUCAUCCUCACAGUGAAAUUAUGUUUACUGUUGGUGAAUUGCAAUGUUUUUCUGAGUCAAAUAACAGAGAGCUACAACACAAUAGUGCCAGAUUCGACAAGUUGCAGGAAAUCCUCGCCGUGGAAGAUUUAACACCGAAGAACCGCGAAAUGAACUUCAGCAAGAGCAAGGAAGAAGAAGAUGAGCCCGAACAUCGACUGGCCGUUAAGCCCUGCGAGUGAAUAAAAAAAUGGCUUUGAAAUGCUUGUUUAAGCUAAUUCUCCUCACAUGUCGGCACGCAAAGAAAGUAGUGUCUGAUAGCCACGGGCUAGUGGAUUUUGCUAUCGCGCUAGUGAAUUCUGUUCUUAACUUGCCCGAUGAGCAAGUUUUUUGAGGAAUUCAAAUUAAAGAAGAACUGUCAAAUCAAUUCUGCUCGCCAAAAUUUUUGGGGGGGGCUAGUUGAAAUGACGUUUUGGGCUAGUAUAUGCUAGCUUCAGCUUGCCCGAAUGGCAAGCUUUAAAAAUGACUUUCUUUGCACUCUAAAUGUAUCAUGAUAAAUACAGCUCCACAAUCUUCAAACAGUGUAAAUGGCAGAGAAAAAUGCUUUAAGAUUAUUAAUUUUUAUUUUAUAUCUAGAAAUACAUUUAUUGUAACACCUCACAAAGCUGUGAUGGGGCAGCAACCGGGCUGAAAAUAACGGACAGCAGGUCACCGGUCAUGAUGACCGGCUAAAUAUUUUUUAGCCCAGACAAACCCCGAUUCUAGCCUGCGAAAACAUCCGUUUCUCCUCGCUCUUCGUCGCUGGGGACGUUUCGCGAGGAGGAACGUCUGCGACUCAGCAACAGAAAUUCCAUACUGAUGACGCAAAUCAGUGUUUACAUAAUAAAUCCGGUAGUCAUGGGGUUCCAAAUGUAAAUUUGUCUAAUUUUGCGUGUCUUCUGGUCGAUUUUUGGUAAAGUGCUGUGUUGAUCUGCCCACGAGCUUCAGCAAAACUCAAAUGCUUCUUCUAGAGAAGGCUAUAUUCCACAAAUAUUGACGGUUUUGUUAGAGAUUCUUCGCGUUUACAUUUGACCUUUGUGGCCUUUUGUCUUUCGUCUGUCAUUCAUAAACAAUAGCUAAAACAAUGUAACUGCUGCGUCGACCAAUCAGCGCUUCUGACCGGAUUCCGGACAGAUUUUACGUCAUCAGUAUGGAAUUUCUGUCGCUGAGUCGCAGACGUUCCUCCGCGCGAAACGUCCCCAUCGGCGAAGAGCGAGGAGAAACGGAUGUUUUCGCAGGCUACCCCGAUUCUGGCCAGUCAAAUAAAUAAUACUAUAAUUUUUUUUGCGAGGAAUAUCGAAUUACACUGGCAGUAAAUCAUUUUGCUUCAUUGACGAUCACAUUUUUGACAGCUAGUUUGUGAAAAAUGCAGUCACUCGUUGUAGAGUUCCUUUCCGCGGUUUCAGGGAGGCAGCGUGGCCGAGUGGUCAGCGCGUCGGACUCGCAAGCCGGCGGUCCCGGGUUCGAGUCCCGCUCUGGCCACCUGCUGGAUUUGUGCUCGGUCGCCCCGAGUUCAAAUUCUCGGCCACGCUUGUAAAUAGCCAACUGGAUGCCUUCUGCCAGUUGGGUUUUUAAUCCUGUUAUGUUGUAUUUGAAUUAUUUGUUUCUAAAUAUUUGAGUGGAGUGCCUGUAAAUUAGCUGGACAAGCUAAGUGCAAUUUCCACUAUAAACAAGCCUUUAACCUUUUUUUUUUUUUAAUGUCUUGAGUAUUAUCGUACAGCGGUGUCUGAAGUCUCUAAAGGUAAAAAGUGAAGCGUAAAUCGUUUUCAAACUCUCGAGGUUCAGGAAAUGAAAUGCACAUACAGUUCAACAAACUAAAUGAAUUACGAAAAAAAAAUUGGGGUUAUUAAAGAACAAAAUCUGCACAAAGUUGUUUUGUGUUGACGUUGCGAAAUGAACAUCGUUGAAACUUGAUCUUUUUCCUUGCCUGGCACGUGAUGGAAAGCCUCCUCCACAAAGAAGAAUCGUCACUAAUAUUUUUGGCAAAGAAGUUGAUUUGCAUUGGCGAAAAGUCUGUUCCACAAACAGCAUGUUUAUCAAGUCAAUAAAUAUACAGAGAAGUUUCAUUCGGGUCAUCGCGCAACAAAUGUCAACAGAAAUUUGCACAAAGUUGUUUUCAAGAAGGAGAAUUAAGCGCCAAGAUAGACGACGUUCCUUCUCGAUUAGCUUAAAUUUUUAUCAGACUAUUCUGGAAUCGAGUCUUCAAACGAGAUUCAUGCUCGACAUAAAGAAAUUAUUAUCAAUGAUGCGCUAACAUUUAUUCCCGGAGAAACACAGGACAACCCGUUGACAAUUGCUAUCGAUUUGCCCGAAUUCUGUGGAAUUCCCAAAGCAGGUCACAUUAAUGAUUGCAACAAAGCAGCAAGUACAGGUGUAGAGUACAACAUGCAACGUUGCGUUACUCCACAACUCAGUUUCUUAUUGUUUCGCUUUGUUGCAUUUCAUUAUGACAUGAAAUUAAUUUAUUGCGGCGUCCUUUUUCUUAGAAGGUUUUAGUGCAAAGCAGCAAAAAACGUCAAAGAAAAACAAAUCAAUGCAGCGUUAUAGAGCAUUAAGCGACAACUGUAUGGAAAGUAAAUAAUGUUCGUAUCCAAAAAUGACCGGCAAGAUGAGAGUUUGACCAGUCAAGUCCGCAAUCAGGCAGGGCAUUGUCCGUUGACCGGCCGUUAUUUUCAGCCCUGAGCAAUAUGAAUAAACUGAAAUGCGCCAAUAGGUAAAAAAUCAUGUGGUAAAAAGAAAAAAACAAACAAACAAAAACAAAACAGCCAAAAACAAAGGAAAAGAACAAAUUUUUUCGGCCAGGAGCUGAACCCCUGACCUACAAUAUGUAACGUCAUCUUCUAGACAACUGCUAAAUUAUUAUCUUUACAUUUUUCCCCAAUGAAAUUUUUCUGGUAGAUGCUGUUUAAAGCUGGUGAAGCCAUGUUUAUCAAAAAAUCUAUAAUAUAUUUGAGGCAAAUAAGCAGGGUUUUGACGGUAAAAGCUGUACUUUAACUUAUUUCACCACAUUUGAAGGACAUAUGGCUGACACUUAGUGAUAUUAAGUGUCUCGCAAACGGUUGCAAAGUCUCUUGCUGACAGUGUUGUACAGUUUGCAGUUCCCUGCAUUUGCAUGAGGAGAAUCGGUGGCGAUUCACCAACAGUAAAAUUUUUUUUCACAGAAAAUGAAUAACAAUGUCUGCUUUUCAUGAAUAAAACAUUAUAGUACAUCCAGUGGGAGACUUGUUGCUAAGAAACCUCAAUGCCACUUGAAAUCAUGUACAAUCAAUGACAGACUACCAACUGGAAAUCAAGAUUUAUAUUAAAUAUAUAUAUAACACGGACUUGUGUUUCUAUAUGUACCUUGCUGUGCGAUUCAUGUGUGAUGUGAAUUUUGGCUAAAUUAUUAACUCACUUUGCGAGGAACAAAGAUUUGUUCAGUGGCAGCAUGGUCCAGUGGUCUUGGGAGCUUGCUUGUUGUGCAGGAGGUAGUCAUGAUGUAGGUUCAAACCUUGUCAUGGCUAUUUUCAUUUUCUUUGUACAUUUUUUUUCUGUUUCGUUUUGUUUUUCAUUGUACUUGUCUCUUUGGCUUGUUUCCCUUUAUUCUCACUGCAGGCCCUAAACAGCCUUGCGAGAUUUUUGUGAUAAUGUAUUUCUAGUAAUAGGCCAUUUUAUAGUUGUGGGCUUUGUACCCUAGCCUGCGAGUGAAUAUGAGGUUGACCUUGUUUUGAUACAAAACUCCUUUGCUUUGUUAUGGAAAUUUUCCUUGAAAAAUACUAGUUAGCAUAAGAACAACUUGAUUUACAUGAUAAAGCUGGAAGGUUGGUUAUUGUAUCAAAACAAGGUCAACUCAAACCUUGCUUUCAACUAUAAUCGUAAAAUGGCUUAUUUAUUAUAUUUGGUGAUGUUAUUAGAAUCAAGAAAAGGAAGAGGAAGCUGCAGCUGGUUUAAAAUCCAAUGUUAGUUUGUUGGAUCAACACACUGAGCUAAAAAAGAUUGCUGAAGGUCAGUGUAAGAAGUGUAUAUUGAGGUGUGGCUCAUGUAAUGAAGCUACACCUAAAUGGCAGCUAAUUAAUUUUUGUAAAACUCAUGAGAUACCAUAAUGUUAUUAUAAUUAUGUUGGAGGGGCCGGAGUGGGGAGAGAUGCAAAUUGUUUUGUUCUCUGAAGAACUUUUUUGACGAUGGUAUCUCAACUAUUCUAUGGCCAGUUGUAGACAAAAUCCAUCAGGAAAUUUGGUAAUUUUAAUUUUCAGUGGACAAAAAACCUUGUACCAGAAUAAUAUAAACAAUAUCGCAUUCUUUUUUACUUUGUUGAAGGGCUAUAGAUAUCAUUAUUUAUUAAUUAUUUAUCCAGUUCCAAUUCCAGCUUUAGUCAGACCUGCAAAUUUAAUCCUUUGUCUUCUAUCACUUUUGUUCUAAAUUUCAUUUUCAAAACUUAUUACAACAAAGUUAUAAGCUUGAUCUUUCUUCUUAUUUUUUUCAAGCCGAAAAAGAGACAGACUAUGAAAAACAACUUAAAGAAGAGGAGAAGAUCUUGGACAGCAUAGCUGAGAAAAAAGGUUUGUAUUAAGAUGUUAUUCAAACAGUGACACAGGCAGCAGCAAAAAUCCAUGUACUCCCAUUAGGAGUUGGCCAGUUCAAAUUCUCUACUUCUAAACUAGGUUCAUGUGUCAAAAAUCCUGCAUACUGCUUGAAGACAAGGCUAAAAGGGUGCAAAUAAACCGAUAUGAAAGUGAUAACAUUAAAUCUAACAAACAGUACACCCAUAAUCAUUCAUGUGCUGAUCACACAAUAUAGCUGUACAACUGUAUGUGACAUCUAAAGGGGUGACGAUGGUCUUUGCGAGCGUUCGUGAGCAUCUCGAGCACUGCGAUUUUUUUGCGAGCACGAGCAGAAAUAAAAAAAUUGCUUUGCGAGCAGCGAGCAGUUUAGAGAGUACAACUCGCGAGCAGCAAGCCCUUCUUAUAUUUUCCACUUGCAGCAAUCCAUAUGGAAAUCCUUUUCCAUAUGGGGUUUUAAUUUAGAGCGCAUCAAGUUCUUUGAAGCGAGUUUGAGUGACACCUUAUCGAGAUCUAACCAAUUACAGUCGCGUUUGAUGCCAAAAUGAUGUCACAUUUUCGCUUCACUUCAUCACGCUGGUGUUCGUACGGUUUAGAAAGCAAAGGUCACAAGAAGAACAACCGUAUAUAACAAAAAUAAAUAACCAUAUAUAGCUAGAUUAGCUGAUUUAUUAUUUAUCGUUGUCAUUUAUCACGUGCAUUUCCACUGAACUUGAUCGCCAUAUUUAUAGGAAUCAAGCACCAUACAGAAUUACAUUUACUUUAACCCAAAGAAGGAUUUACAAAAUUUCGAGCAAUACUGACAAGAAAGCGAGGUUGCCAGCAACUGCAAACAUUUUGGGAGCACGAGCAAGCGAGCACUCGUUUAAAUUUUGCGAGCAAAUUGAGCAAAGGUAAAAUUUUGCGAGCAGUUAAAAAUUUUAAUGGACCAUUCAUCACCCCUAUCUAACAAGCCAUUACACAGGUAGGCUGCAUCUUAUAAGCUGUUAAAUUAUGAUAAUGUUCUGUUAAUUCUCUCAUGGCUUAAGGUGGAAUGACCUUCCCAAUCCCUGACUUGAACCACACUCCUCAGUAGAAUUGAUUUGGUACAGUGUGUACUGUAUUUCAAAGUACAUUUUUGUUUUUUUUUUCUAGAAGCAUAAAAGAAAGAGUACGUGUAUGUUCCCGUUUAUUUGUUACAAGUCCAAUUUGAUUUCAGGUUAAUGUUGAUUUAACUUAGGUUGAUUCUCAAUUUUCUUAGUCUACUAGCCCUAAUUCAUGAAUAAUAAAGUUUAGGAGGCAAAGGAAACUGAAAAUCAACCUAGGUUAAAAAAAUUUAACCUGAAGUCAAAUUUGACCUAUAACAUUAUUAUACAUGUUUAGUGAUAAAUAAAUUUCACUAUUAUUUUUUUCUAUGGUAGUAUUGAUGGCUGUUGGUGAAAUCGCAAAAGGAAUUGUGUACACUGACUCUAUAAAGACAGGGUAUGUACAUGUAAAUUAUACUUGACAUACCUUGUUUCUCCUUCCUAAUAAUAUUACAAAGAAGGAAAUUUUUUGUUUGAUAAUAUCAUUGUGUGUUUAUUACAAUGUAGCUCACUUGCUUGGUAAACAUUUAACUCCUUGCUAAACAGACCAAAAAAUUAGACAAAUAUUUUGUUUUGGUAAAUUCUAUGUCAUUACCAAGACAUUCCGAAAAGUGUGAUCGAAAUACUUGCCUGCUCCCUCAGAAGAGGAGGCAGAUGUACACAGGCUUUAAAGGUUUAACCGUAAAAGGGAAAGGUAUUCUCACACUGUUUGCUUAUUAGUUACAGCUACAUUUAUUUAUUUUUACUUGUAAUUUAGAUGGCGUCCUCCAAGAUAUUUUCAGUCUUACCCUGCAGAGAAAUUUAACAAGUUAAGGAAGAAAUGGCAUAUCAUAGUUGAGGGAGAGGACAUACCACCACCAAUCAAGACUUUCAAGGUCAGUAUAAAUGUUGAAAAACUUUUUUUACAUUUGUGAAAUUCUUUCGGUAAGUUCCUGGAAUACUUCAUUUAUAAUUAUCAUUAGUAUGACUGUGCAACCUAUCUUUUCCAUUUAAAAUGUCACAGGAGAUGAAGUUUCCUCGAGCUGUUUUAAGCACACUGAAAAAUAAAGGAAUAACCCAUCCAACACCAAUACAGGUCCAAGGAAUUCCCGCUGUGUAAGUUACAAUAAUUGUAACUUACUUAUUAUUUGUCAUUUUUUUACGACAAGAAUCUCAAAAUGUGAUUGCUGGUCACUGUCUCAGGUGUCUGGUUAAGCAUAUGACUAUAAGAUAGGAAUCAGGAUGACGUACCAUGAUAAUAGUAGUAAAUAAAUAUAAUCUCAACUGUGCUAUCAGUAUUUAAAUGUCACUGCCAAAAUUGGACUGAAAAAUAUUUAGGCUUGUAAGGGGACCAUGCAGCAGUGGUUCUAAAGUAAAAAGUACGAGCCACAUUUGAGGAGUACAAGCCCGGGGGGGGCACUUUAGGAAUUUCUGGGUGGGGAUGUGCCGCUGGGACCCUGGAACCCUUAACCUAUACCAGAGCUAGUUCAGCUGAAUUUUGCUACCCUAUACUAGAGUAAACUACCCAAAUCCCCCUAUCCUAGAGUAGCUGUUUCCCCAGUCUAGAUAAAAUCUUCAACCAAGUGAUCAGUUUCCUGAAAAAUCAUACCCUAUUCUAGACCCAAACACUCUGAUUUAUAUACCCUAUCCUAGAGUAAACUGCUUGAAAACCAUACCCUUCACAGCAGCACAUACCUAUAUAGCCCAUAUAUGGCAGUACCCCGAGAGUUACAAGGAGGUUAUUUUGGAUGAAAUGACUGAAAGUUACUCUUCCGAACACCAUGCCAACCUUUUGUUUCAGUUAUCUUCACAAUUACCAAGACUAGGUAACCAGUCAUGUGAUAUACAAUGUAGCCUGCAAGUGCCUCAGGAAUUUGAAUUUCAGCAUUUAAAAAAAAUUGAAGCAAGAGGCUGAUUGGAGGAGAUUCAAUUUAAUCAGUAUUGUCAUCAUCAAUCAUAAUUCAUGUCAUGAAGAGGUCAAUAUUAAAAAAUUUCCAUUUGAAUCAGUCAAAUUACAUUUUGAACAUUAUCAAGCUGUUGAUGCUUUACUUAAGGAUGCUUGACAGAUGUUUUAUUCACAUUGACUUUCACUUUAGGAAAUGCAAUGCAGUUUGAGUUAGUCUUGACUGUUGACAUUAAUAGUUGAUUUAACCUUAAUUUUUUUUCACAAAUAAAUAAUUAUGGUAUUUUAUCUGCCAAUAAUGUUAGCUAAUAUGUUAAUUCAAUUUUCAGGCUUAGUGGAAGAGAUAUGAUAGGUAUUGCCUUCACAGGAUCAGGAAAAACAUUGGUUUUCACAAUGCCCAUAAUUAUGUUUAGCUUAGAACAGGUAAGAUGGUAGAGCUCUUAUGUUAAAAAGAGCUGGACUGCAUCCACCCUUAGCAACCCUUUCAGGUAGGGUUAAGAUAGCGAAACAAGCUCCUGAACAAAGAAAGAGCAAGAGCUGCUGUGGUGUAAAAUUAAGUUACAGGUCAAAUUUGAUUUCAGGUUAGAAUUUUAUGCCCCAGGUUGAUUCUCAAUUUUCUUUGUCUUUGAGGGCUAGCGAUAAAGGAAAUAAAGGAGCAACCGAGGUUAAAUCAAGUUUAACCUGAAAUCAAAGUUGUCCUGUAAUAUAUAUAUAUAUAUAUAUAUUCCUCUGUAUGUGUGGUAUAGUAUGCUAUUCUAUACUUCUUAAGUUACGAAAGUUUCUCUCACGGUUGUCAAAGCAUUAAACUCCUUUGUGAUGUCAGCUGUACAGACACAGUUCUUUGGUUGUGGCCAUCAUGGAUCUAAGCCAUCCAUAUGCCAUGUAGAUAACAAUAAAUACUUCCCAGCAGCACAGGUGGCAGGAAUUACAGCAAGCGGUUUAUUAAUAGCUUAGACCUCCUGAACGAGCUUCUUCUUCUUCGUUGUCACUGCUAACAGGAUAUUGUUUACACAUAAUACAUGUAUCUCCUCCUUCAACUUGCAUGUAACUGAUAAAUGUGAAAUCCACCCAUAUUAAAUUUACUAUUGCCACAGCUAGCUCUAUUAUUGUCUCUGUUAUGAGGAGUAUGUUGAACCUUCCAGAGAGAGUAGGUUAGAACUCAUGCAUGAACCUGAAUGCCAGUACCGCACCAGUAAUAAAUUAUUAUUUUAGAAAAUGUAGUGAAAUUACAUGUAUUUAAAGUUAUGACUUUUAGGAUUUUUUGCACUAUCAUUAUAUGUAUUUGUUCAUGAAACUAUGGGAACAUAAGUAACACAAGAUUGUAAAAUAUUUUAUAGGAAAAAGCUCUACCUUUUCAGAAACAAGAAGGACCAUAUGGGCUUAUUGUUGUUCCAUCUGUAAGUAAUAUAUUUUUCUUCUUGACUAGCACCUUAUAUUAAUAACUAGACAAUCCUUUUCUGUAAAGUUAGUUGUUCAAGCUUAGCUCAGACAUUUAACUCAUUUUGCCUCCUAUAGGUAGACUCAAGUCUUUUCAGGAGUAUUUCUUUAUCGUUCUUGUCAUACGUGUAUUGCUCGAAUAUAGCUUCUGCAAAUACCUCCAGCGUUACAGUGAAAGAAAUUUAAGAGAAAUCUGUGUUGCCUACAUUCAUUCGUAAUUCUUUCAAAUUAAUCUAAGAAGUGAUUCCAGAUACUGAGAAGGGGAAGGGUUCAUUGAUCAUUUGCUUGUUGGCUGUGACAAAUCAUGUACAUAUUAGAAGACCUCCUGGUCUGAACUUUUGAGGCCUAAGCCCUUCAUGCAAUAUAAAUAUAGCUGUUGAGCAUAAUUGUCAGCAGCUUUCAGAUACAUGACCUGUAAUCUUUAUUAUUUUUAAAUCUUUUGUCAGAGAGAACUAGCGCGACAAACCUUUGAAGUUAUUUCAGAAUUUACCAGGGCUCUGCAACUGGAUGGUUGGUUUUUUAUUUAUUUAAAUUUGAUGUAGUAUAAGUUUAUCCUUGGUCCAAAAAUGUUAUUUUCCUUUUUUUCAAACUAAUUAUCAUGUGUACAUAUGUUGCCAUUAAUUUUUUAUUUUAAUUAGUUUUUGUUUUUCCCGUGGCUUUGUUUGAAAUUCAUUAGCAUACAUUAACCAUACCCUAAAACAAUGGAAAAAUAAAAUUUAACUGAGAUAAAACAUCAACUACAACAUAUGCAUUAUCCUACCAAAAAGCAAAGGAAAGGGGAACUUGAGUCAAGGCUAAAAAUUAAUUGUUUAUGAUAUUAAUGUUUAAAUAAUAUUACUGUUGUGAACACCCUCUGAAAGAUAAGACAUUUUAAUGUCAUCAUAGUAAGUGAACAGCUGGGAGAACAUUUCUCUAGGUACUUCAGUUUUCCCCUUCUCAAAAACCAACAUUUCCAAAUUCCAAUUUAAUUUGUUAAGCCUCUCCAGUUAUAAAUCAGAGAAAUUUUGAGGGCCACAGGUUUAUCAGUUAUCAAGACUGUCAAGUUUCACCCACUGUAAAAUUAAUAAUGUAUGUUUGUUUUCUUUCAUAAUUUUUGGUGCUGUUCUUUGCUGUUGUUGUUGCUGUUUUUUUUCAACUGUAGGAAAGUGCUAGUGGUUUACUUUUCUUACAACGUUAUGAAAAGUACAGACAGACAGACCAGCAGUUGUUUGCUCAUGACUGACGGUAUCCUGUUGUGUUUAACACUGUUUCUUACACCAUGUAUUAAGUUCAUCUGCGGUCAUUUUUCAGGUUUCCCUGCUCUAAGAUCAGUUCUCUGUAUUGGAGGAACAUCAGUCAAGGACCAAAUGGAGACAAUCAAAAGGUUAGUUGAUAAAAUAUACCUGUAAUAGCAGCUGCAUCGCCAUGAUGUGCAACCUGAGCUCUCCUAAUUGAUACAGUGCACCGUACAAUGUAUUUCCAACUCAUCAAAUAAUUUUCCCCAGCCAAACCACUCAUGACUAAGAAUCAAAUUAAAGCACUUGGAAGUAAAUACCAAUAUUAGUAUUUUUUGUUGUCACAGUUUGCACAAGGUUCAGCUAUAUAACUAAUAAUGAGGUUGAGCAUCAUAGCAAGGAUUAUUAUGGCAGAGCUUGUACCUGCCAAUGCUAAAUACCUAGCUGAGGCAGAUAGCACAAACUGAAGUUUUGCUAAUUCUUGCUAUCAUGCGAAAACUGAAUUCGAUAAUAUUAUUAUUUCAUUGUUCACGGGCAUUAAAAAAUGGCUAAUUUUGACCAAAACACAUUAAGAAACAAACACUAAACAAUACAUCAACUUGCUACAUUGUAACAACUUUUUAAAGUGUGCAACCCUUUGUCAUCUUUUGAUCAACCUCACACAUUUUGCUUACAAAAGUUUCAAGUUUUGCCUUAAGAUGCAACAGCUUUCUUGUUUCAUAAAGUAGUUUUCGAACAGACUUUAACCCAUUCGCUCCUGGAGAUUUUGCCGAAAAACGCGUUUGGAAGCUAGUCGAGUGGUUUUCUGGUCACUGUCGUUCUAUAAAGAGCUAGAACGUACCACAAACUGAUUUACAGGUCGUACACUUGGCGGCCUUCUGAUCCAGAUGCAAAAUAUGAGCUUGCGAAGUUCGGGCAUGCGCAGAAAGCAAAAUUUCGAGGGUUUAAAAGUGACACAGCAGUCUUGACUUUUACUUUUCGCUUUCUCUCCUCCCUUCUUUUUUCGCUUUUCUAGCCUCAUUUUUUUUUCUCUUGCUGGGCAUUUAGUAGGCUUGAUUUUGGUGGGAAGAGUUUUUAGGAAAGCUUUUAGGAUCUUAGGAUUAGGUGAAAGGAAAGGUAGGUGGGUAAUGGAACAAGAUUUUCAUGGAGAUUUUCAGGUCGAUGUCACGUGGUUUUUUGCUUGUUUCUCCGGUGUCCUUGACUGAAUUGUGCUCAUUCUGGUAUGGUUUGAAAGAUCUCUUCAUUCUGCACAAGUUAGCGAAGAAAGUUGUCCUUGACCGUUAAAACUGAUGACGUCACAAUGGGUAGAAAGGAGAUGGAUCCGCACGGAUCCACAUAUUGUUCCUCAUGAGUCUGAACAAAAUGUGCCAGUAUCCUUUUUGUGUUGCCGUUAUGACAUUUCUACUUAUAAACUAGUACUAAUAUGUUCGUUUGGCCUGUCUGCGUCAAUUACAGACAAAAGAACAGAACCAAUGAAAACAGCUGAAAAGAAAAAACCCAGAAAACCAAUAGACUAACAAGUUAACAGAACAGUACACACAUCUAGUGACAUAAUAUUGCAUUUCUGCGUUGUUGUCAUGUGACUUUAUGAUGAUCUCCAGUCUUGACUUUACGAUUUUUUGUUCACCCACACUGCACUGGAGUACUAAUGCCGUCCUACCAACCUCAACAUCAUGUAUAAUGAUAGCAAUGGUAAUAAUCUGUUAUGUCUUACUUCAACAGAGGUGUUCAUAUGAUGGUCGCCACACCAGGCCGUUUAAUGGACCUAUUAGACAAAAAAAUGGUUAAUCUAGAUAUAUGCAGGUAAACUGUACUUAGUUUAAGAAGUGUACUUUUUAAUUGUUUUUUGUGGUUGUUGUUUUACUUUUGGACCUACAUGUUGGUAAGAAAGCUAUUUUCCUCAACGUUUUACUCAACAAAUUGUUGUUGUCAGGAUCGUCAAGAAUAGUUUUGUCAUGUCUGAUAAAAUGAUAUGUAAAUAUAAUAUUAUCUUGCUUUAGAUACCUAGUUUUAGACGAAGCUGAUCGCAUGAUUGACAUGGGCUUUGAGGAAGAUGUCCGAACAAUUUUUUCUUACUUUAAGGUAAAAUUUAAUUUGAAAUAGACUUUAACCCAUUCGCCCCUGAACCGCCCGUAACCGCCCGUGCGGAUCCAGGUCCUUUCUACCCUUUGCGACGUCAUCAGUUUUAACGGUCAAGCACAACUUUCUUCGCUAACUUGUGCAGAGUGAAGAGAUCUUUCAAACCAUACCAGAAUGAGCACAAUUCAGUCAAGGACACCGGAGAAAGAUGCAAAAAACCACGUGACAAGGACCUGAAAAUCUCCAUGAAAAUCUUGUUCCAUUACCCACCUACCUUUCCUUUCACCUAAUCCUAAGAUCCUAAAAGCUUUCCUAAAAACUCUUCCCACCAAAAUGAAGCCUACUAAAUGCCCAGCAAGAGAAAAAAAAAUGAGGCAAGAAAAGCGAAAAAAGAAGGGAGGAGAGAAAGCGAAAAGUAAAAGUCAAGACUGCUGUGUCACUUUUAAACCCACUUUUAAAUCUCGAAAUUUUGCUUUCUGCGCAUGCCCGAACUUCGCAAGCUCAUAUUUUGCAUCUGGAUCAGAAGGCCGCCAAGUGUACGACCUGUAAACCGGUUUGUGGUAAGUUUUAGCUCUUUAUAGCACGACAGUGACCAGAAAACCACUCGACUAGCUUCAAAACGCGUUUUUCGGCAAAAUCUCCAGGAGCGAAUGGGUUAAAGGCAAAUUUAUUCUUAUAGUAAUAAAAAUUUGCCAUUUCAGUCAUUAAAAUGAUGUGCUGUUUUGCAGUAAGCCUUUCUUGGUCCUUUUUUUUCUUUUGCCAUUAGAUUGUAAAAAUGAUUUAAAAUAUUUUUGCUCAUAUGUAGUCCCAGCGUCAAACACUCCUCUUCAGUGCAACAAUGCCCAAAAAGAUACAGAAUUUUGCCAAAAGUGCUCUGGUAAAGCCAGGUGAGUGGUUUUACUCUGUGCACUUUGUCUUUCAGAUUUCAUAGAGUUUACUGUGUGUGAUAGAGUACAUUUCAUACAUAACAACUUGAGAAAACGUCAACUACUGCAAUAUGACAUGCAUAUAUUAAGUUUAAGUUGUAUCCUUGUUUUAAAUUUCAUUGUUUCUUUUUUCAGUCUCAUCAGCUUUUCCCAGGCGUUCUGAUAGUGGAGUGCGGAUGAAAAUAAAGCAAGCAAGAAAAAAAGUGGGGGGAUUGAGGAGUGCGCUCUCCACAAUUCCCCCCUGAAUUUUAUUUUUGCUCUCUUUAUUUUUCAUCUGCACUUCGCAAAAAUGGGAGGGGAGGGGAAGGGAGAAAAGUGCGAAAGUGGCUCUCCCAUUCCCACUCUCUUUUUCCCUUCCUCCCUAUCCUCUACCCCUUUCAAUGCCUGCUACGCAGGCUACUGCGCUUUUCUAUCUGAAUGCCUGCAACAGGCUACAGUCUUAUUAUCAUGCAUUACCACACCUUAAAGGAAAGAAAAGGGUAAUAAAAUUUGUUAGCCAAAAGUUCAAUCAGAAGUUUGAUGAUUACCACUGGACUCCCCUUGCAGACAUUCAGUUUACUGGACUGUCCCUCUUGUGUCAGUGUUACAUGGUGUACACUGCCCUUGCACACGUAACACUCAUAAUGUUAUAAAACUGACAGCAGUUGCUUAAUUCUUGAAGUCCCAUUAGUGACCAACAUAAAUAUUCUUUUAACAACAAUCAAUAAUCAAAAAAAUAUUGUUACCAGAAUCAUUCAAAUGAUCCCCAAAGAGAAAGUGCUUAGAUCUUUUGACAAAUUCUCUAAUUCUUUAAGCUAAUGUUAGGAAAUCAAUCUGGAGAAUUUUUAUUUGGAUAUUGGGCUUUGAAAGGUAAAGUCUUGUUAUUUAUUGUUGUGAUUUUGUAGUAACUGUUAAUGUGGGAAGAGCGGGAGCAGCAAGUCUUGAUGUUAUUCAGGUACAUGGAUCUUUGACAUGAUGUAUUAAUAUUAUUGUAUUGAUGUUAUUUUUUUAUUCAGAAUAUUUCUCAAAUCUCCCGGAGGGUGUUAUCUGCCAAGCUCAGUCAUAACAUCCUCCUUGAUUGACUGCAUUAUUCUUUGAGAUCAUAUGAAAGCCAAAUCUAAUAAUUUCUUAGCUUGACACUCAUAAGUUGCCUGUGAUUAACUUGGACAAAUACAAAUUUUGUAUCGUGUGCAGUGUGUCUAAACUUCCUUUUUUUCCCUUGACGUCAGAGAACUAGCUAUUACAGUGUAGUACUUCAGCUAAAUAUUUUUAGCUUGUGUGGUGCAAGACUCUUUUUGUGUGAGGUGUAAGGCAUGAAUAGUACUUACUGUAAAAAAUAUCAGCAAUUCAAUGUUUGGAAAAUGUUAUCCAAUGGUUUGAAAUCCUUUAUCGUGUAUACUUAAAGUAUUCAAUAGUUACACUGAACAUUAACUUUAUUAGGAAGUCGAAUACGUGAAACAGGAAGCCAAAGUUGUGUAUCUAUUGGAAUGUUUACAGAAAACAUCUCCUCCGGUAAGUAUACUCAGUGUGUUUUGAUUUUUGUUGUGCUUAGAAAGGCAAAUAGUUGGUUCAAUUAUUUUGGAAUACCGGUGGGCUGUGGUGAUAGCUCUCAUGAAGUACUAAGAUCAACAUAGUUGGACAGGAGUUAUAAGUGCACAUAAGAGAGCAAGUUCUUGUUGACUUAGUAUUAACAGUUCUUAUUGAUUUUUCCGAAUUGUCUUUUAGUCUUCACUGUGUCGAUCGUUAUAGCACAGGUCACCUAGGCUCGUACUUGUCAUACACACACUUAGCCUCAGUCCGGUCAACUUAUCGAUGGAUGAGAUCGUGGAUUAGAUUCGGAUAUCGGAUACUACCGAGUUUCCAAAAACGUUUGCUAACUUUAACUUUGAUUGUCUGCAAGAAUUGUUCUGAUCGUUUUAAAAGAUAUAUAAAACAGGAGAAGAAUUGUUUAAUGAAAUAUCCAGACACGGGGGAGGAUUAUAAAACUCUGCCAGUUGUUUUUGUCAACCAACUUCAAUAUUCUAUGUUUAGAUUUCAAAUGAAACAAUCUGUUCCGUGUUUGAUAUUUAACUUAAAGAUACCGUAAAAUUCUGAAAAUAAGCCCCGGGGCUUAUAUUUUUCAAAGGCCCUUUUUGAGGGGCUUAUUUUUGGAGGACCUUAUAUUCGGAGGGGCUUAUCUACGGAGGGAAAUUUGCGUUUCAAAAUCGAUUGGGCUAGCCUUGCAGUUGGAAGGAAAUUUACAGUUUUUCCUUUGUUUUACUUUGCAUUUGAGGGCAAUUUCAGAGUACAAGCCCCCCCGGCGGGGGUGGGGGGGGGGCUUAUAUUUGGAGGGGCUUAUUUUCGGAAUUUUACGGUAUGUUUUCAUACAGGUGCUUAUUUUUGCUGAGAAAAAAGCAGAUGUAGAUGACAUUCAUGAAUACCUGCUGUUGAAAGGAGUAGAAGCUGUGGCUAUACAUGGUGAUAAAGGUAUCAGCAGCGUUUUUACGAGAAGUGUGAAUAUUACCUAGAUGGGCAUUAACAAAAGACCUGGUAAAUGCUUUUAGCUGUGCGCAUAUCGAGAUGCACUUUGGACGUUUGGAGAGCAUUCUACAAGCUUAGCUAUACCUCAAGCAGCGCUUAGGCCUCGUGCUGCACACGUAUCGCUUUUGAUCGUUUUCGCCCGAGUCUUUAAGUAUCUGUUUCUUUUUUGGAAACGGACAUUUUUUUUCAAAAGGAAUUGACAUUGAUGAAUAAUUCUAACAUAAUUGCUCUCUUCAUCUGAAAUCAAUGUUUGGUUGGCAAAGCUGUAUCACCUUGAGCUCUUUUACGUAAUCUAGUCAUGAAUGGUAUGACUCAGAAUCAACCAGUGUUUUGCUCGUGGAGUAGUUUAAGGCUGCGAUUUUCUAAGCCUGAGGGAAAAAAUGCCAUAUGGGUUAUGUCUGAAAUAAGUAACAGACUUAAACAUUUAACCAGAAAGAAAAGAUUAACUUAAGACACAUAACAAGUCUUCAUAAAAUUCUAGACGGCAGUGACACAUUCUUAUUCCGCGCGAGAUCAGAUACUGUGACGUCUUUGUUUUAAAAUUUUUUUAUGUCCACACGAUUACGGAAAACCGGCGUUUUAAAACAUUUCCACUCGGGAGAGCGUUUUGAAAAAUGUGCGUUUUCAGAGACCGUUUUCAUCAGAUACCUGUAAGAGACCAAUUUGCAAAAUAAGAUAGUUUAUGGCCUCGCUCUCCAUGAGUUCUCCGUAGCUCAAGUGGAUAGAGCGCCCGCCCGGUGUUUGGGAGGUCAUAGGUUCGAAUCCUGUUGGAGAUUCAGAUUUUUUCUUUGUCCAACGCUUGCUGAUCAUUUCAUUUUCACAUAAGAUGGAAUAUUUCACAAGAUUUUUCACAAGAUACGAUUACAGUGUACUUGUGAACCGGCCUUACGCUGCCUCUCGUGCUCUCCCGCCAAACUUGCCCAGGGCAUCUACAACUCGAUUUACGCACGUAAGAACCAAUUUUUUUUAUUUCAUGUACGAUUAUCUCUAGUCAAUCAUUGCCGGGUACCCUGGGUCCAUAACUGGGUAAGUAAGUAACGCUACUUCUGCUGCGUAGUUCUACGGCACAGCAGUGGUUUGAAAUCACUUUGAAGUGGGAUUUUUGGGGGCUGGCUAUCUUUACUUGCGACUCAUGAGUUACUCACUUGAUCGAGAUCAUUGAGUCAUCUGUAGAACACGCAGAUGAGGUUACAUGUUGUUCUACAUUUUCAUUACAGGGAGUCCUGCUACCGGGGAUAACGAUCUCUGCAAAACGUAACAAAAAAGGGGGAAUAAAAAAUCUAAUGAUUAUAAUUAUAUACAUGAUGCUAUAGCUAUUAAUGUGAAUACAGUAAACGUCUGAUAGUUAUUCAAGUAAGUGCUUUCUGAAAAAAAUAGGGGUUUUACCAUAUCCAGAACAUUGCUAGGCAAUGAGUUCCAUUCUUUAAUUGUUUUACAAUAAAUUCAGUGCUGCACAUCACAUUCAUAUUAAAGUACGGAACGGGCAACAAAAAACUUGCAACUUGUUUUGCAACAUUGCUGCAAAACGAGUUGAAUAGCGAUGUUGUGCGUUUUACCACCCACGUUUAAACCUGUUAACAACCUGAUUUGUUGCAAGACAGGUUUGAUGUUGGUGGUAAAACGCUCAACAUCGCUAUUCAAAUUGUUUUGCAGCAAUGUUAAAAAACAAGUUGCACUUCCUUUGUUGCCCGUUUUCCCGGACCUUUAGCUAUAACCACUUUGAGAUUGCUCAGUGCCUAUAAGAGUGUUGUAAAACAUUUUUGAGGCUUUUUUUGUAGAUCAGGAAGAAAGAGAGUAUGCAAUGAGAAGCUUCAGAGAAGGGAAGAAAGAUGUCAUGGUAGCAACUGAUGUAGCAUCUAAAGGCCUUGAUUUUCCGGACAUUCAACAUGUUAUUAACUUCGACAUGCCUGAAGAUAUUGAAAACUAUGGUACAGACCGAGUUAUUUUUUAAGUUGUUCCUGGCCAUUGUUUAUUUUCACUUUCUUUUUACCCAUAAAAUACUUUUGUGUCAAUUUGAGUGCUGCACAUUCAUGUUGUUGUUGUUGUUGUGGUUGUUUUUUUUUUUUCAUGUUUAGUUCAUAGGAUUGGUCGCACUGGUCGCUGUGGAAAGACUGGAGUUGCCACGACAUUUAUCAACAAAUCUUGUGGUGCGUAUUAAUGCCAGGAGUUUACUCUCUUGGUUAGAAAAUAUGGUAUCCUCUCACAUUUUGCUGUCUGCUUGACGAGUACUUACAUGUAACUGGCCACAAUUAAAAGCCGAACUAAAGUAAAAGUGUUUCUACGUAUUGCAGAGCUCAGAUCAUAGUCCAGCUAUAGCUUAAGAUGUAAGAGAGUUUUGUGUGUUUGUAACAUUGUGGCUUCGGCAAUUGCUUUCAAGUUUAAUUAUUUUUUUAGGAGAUCAAAAUGAGGCAUUUACCUCGCCGUAGUUAAUAGAAAAUUUGGAUUGAAAUCUUUCUUUAUUUCCAGAUGAGUCAGUUCUAUUAGAUCUCAAGCAUUUGCUGUUGGAAGCUAAACAGAAGAUACCUCCAGUUCUUGCAGUGCUGCAGGCAGAAAAUGAGGGGGACCUUGGCCAUGGGGGUGCGUAUAAGUUUACUAUUGUAUUCCUGUUCUAAGACAGCUCUUGCUAGGUUAUCCAGACGGGGAAACGGUGGCUUGGUCAUUUUCCUUGUCACAAAGGAUAGUUGUUGGCUUCACACUAAACGUGAAACUAGUUUCAAGUAAGCACUUGAAAAUCUUAAGCCGCUCUGUAAAAAACUUGGCUUUAUACUUGUCGACAACGUACGUUACUUGAGGUACAAGCUGUCAAUCCCAUUUUAUGGUACAAUACCACCACUGAAGCUCCAACCAUGAGGCCUUUGCGCUGAAAAGGAGUUUUUUGUAGUUUCACAUUUAUUUUUUCGUUACUGUAAACUCAAAGGUUUUUUCUGUGCCUAGCAGCGGCACAGAAAAAAACAAGUGACGUCUUCUUGAUCAGCAACAUGCUCUUCGGCAAAGGAAUCGCCGCUGGGCUUGGGCUUGGCAUCUUACGCAAUGCUCUUUCAUGGAUCCGCUGUUGAAUGUUUAUCUGUCCGUUCAUUAGAAUCUUUGAACCGCUGCACGUGCACAUUGCUUCCAUUUCAUAUUGGUCAAAUGUGUUUUCAAGUGUGGUGUAGACCAUGCUUAGCGGGGAACUUCGGCUUCUUUGAAAUACGAUCGGUUCAAGUUUGAUUUAUCUUAACAGUGGUCUUUUGUUCUAUUAUUUCAGUGGAGCGAGGUUGUGCAUAUUGUGGUGGUCUUGGUCAUAGAAUUACCGAGUGUCCUAAGUUAGAGGCGAUGCAAACCAAACAGGCUGGUAAUAUUGGACGAAGGGAUUACUUAGCACCCGGCGCUGCAGAUUGGUAAACACAACACAGGGACAGGAUCAAAGCAGUACCUUUCUACUAGACCACGUCCCAAGCAGCCUUCCAUACCAGUGUCAAUUAUGUGAUAAUAAAUAAUGAGGAAAGCUGGCGACUUGUCAAAACUUGUUCUAUAUCGGCAAUAACUUUGAAAUUUACGGCAGUUUCUUGGAAAAACGCGAGAGAGACAGAGCGAAACAAAUGCGCCGUCACUGCAUCAUUUCCAUUGUACCUUGACAACCACCAGGCUUACAAUGAAUUACUAAGCGAAAACUAGCUUUUUGAUAUAAAAAAUACUCAGUUUAAUUUAUGUUUGAGUUGAGAUCUAAAAAAAGAUGUAAUGUGUGUCCUGACGCAGUCAACAACGCUAUUAUAAACUCCCAACAUUGUUUGGAGUUGUUGCGUCCGUUUGCACGUAGCAAAAAGUUUGGCCGGUUUCAAACUCCCAGCAAGACGUAACAACAUGCAACAGGGUGUGCUCACGGACGCAACAUGUAACAUCCAACAAUGGUUGGAGUUGUUGGCCAACAAUGUUGCGCCCGUUUGUAUGGGGCUUAAUAAACUGAACUCUCUUGGACA